AUGUACGGGUCUACCUCGCUGGAUCUACACCGCUUAAGCCGGCAUAGUCUCCAAGAUCGAUAUGAAUCGGACGAAGAAGCCGUGUCCGAGUGUGAUACCGGAGCCCAGGAUCUACUUUCCUCGCCGAUCGGCUCUCCGGUUGGAUCCCAACGAGCUGCCAUCUUCGAUUCAGGCCUGAGCGCCGACGAUGCCUCUCACAUGGACCCUGAUUCAAAUCGCGAAGAACAUUUGCUGGCGCCACCGACAGUCAAACGGCCACGCCCUGUGUCUACGAAUACUAUCAAGUGGACGAGCAACGCUGCGUUUGACAACAACGCCUAUGUAUUUGACCCGAAAAAGCAGUUGGUGCUUGAGCUAAAAUCGCCAGACUCUCCUCCACAACUGGUGUCCAGUAUAUUCUCGCAGCCAUCGGUAUACGUGUCGCCGAAGCCCAAGCCAACCACCAGAUCUCAAUCUACUUCACCUCCCUUGAUAUUCUCAGUCGAGGAGGCAGACAUCCAAGUUGCAAAGAAGGUCACUUUCAUGGAACCCCAGACACGGCCUACAGUUGUCCUGCUCAACGCCCUGGGGAAAAGACCAAGCUCAAGAUCCCGCUCAAACCAUUCUCGCUUUCGGGAAGGCGGCCACGGCCGUCCUCCUCUCGCCAGAGCCGACACAGGCUAG